CUGCAGCAACACUUUUUUCUUCACCAGUCUCUUCAUCGUUUUGGUGAGGAAAACGAUGGCCGAUGGAUUUCGCAGCUAUGGUGGUUUCUCUGGAAUAGCGUACCCGUUGUGGCUCUCAUCUCCGCCUCCGCCUCAUCCAGCUUCUGCGCCGCCGUUUCAACCAAGCAAUCCGGUUGAAUCCUAUGAUCCAACCAAAGAAGUGUUUGAUCCGAUGAUGUAUCCCGGCUCUUAUCAACGAUCGCCGGAUGAUUGGUCAAAUAAUCCAUCGUAUCGUGAAAAUUCUCGCUCUCAGACGCCUUCCUCAUCGUUUUACGCUGACAAUACUCGACUUGGAAAUUGUGGUCCAAGAGGUGAAGAUUAUUAUAAAGAAAUGUUAUCACCGAGUGGAUUUUACUCUUCAAGGGAAUCAUCAUCUGAUUUUGUGUCACUUCCCGCUGACAAUUUCUGGGAGAGGCAACGUUUGAACUUUACGCCUACCUACAACUCAGCUACCUUAGCUCCAGUGUCUUCUUAUGCAGAUAUGCUAAUCAAAAAUUCUCGGGAACCAUUCUUUACGCCUAUUACGUCAUCUGGUGUUUACGCUUCUAGCAAUGUUGUUGAUGAGAAUCGUCCUGGAUAUUACUUUCCUGAAACUAUGAAUGUUGUCUCUGCUUCUCAUGUGGAGCCUUACAUAGGUGUUACAGAUUGUAAUCCAUCUUUGCCAAUGACGAAUUUGAAAACACAAGCUCUCUUUGAUGGAAGUCAGACCGGGGUUCGUUUAGGAGAUGGGAGAUCAUUCCCUAGCAACAGUGAUGUUUGUAGUCAAGCGCCUGAGAAUUUUUUAGGAGCUCAAUCCAGCUUGCAGAGUUCCUCUGUUGAACCAGUUAACUUCGAUGUGUUGCUUGGAUAUGGUGAAGCUACUGGUCAUAUCAGGCCUUCGCCCGAGAAUCCAGAUCUUCGCUAUCGGAUAGCUGGCUCGCAAGGUUUGAGAAGCCCAGGAUCUUCCCACCCCCUACCAGCUAAUAUUAAUUCCUCAGUGUCACUGAUAAAUGAUAAACUAGAAGGUAGUGGUGUCUCCUCCCUUUACCAGAGGCCUUACACUUUGGUUGCUGACAGUGAGAAUGGUGUUUCUGAGAGCUCCUUGAAGAAUGCAUCUGAAGAUUUAAAUUGUCACGAGCCUCGAUCUUGGAGCCACUUCAUGGUAACCUCUGAGGGACCUUCAGCUCCCACGAUGAAAGCGGAUAAUGAGAAUGCUCAAUCAGCUGUCAACUAUAAACCCCCUUUCGAAGGUGGUACCACCCAAACUAGUGAAGAUGUUCCAACUAACCAAAAGUCUUGUAAUCUCCAGGAACAAACAUUUGAUAUAAUAGAUAGAGAUAAGAAGAUCAUGUUGUUGACAGAUCUGGGUCUCGAUUUGAGUAGCAGAUCAAAUGCAGAUGAUGUCUCAACUGGCCGAUCACCUGAAAAACACUUCUGUGAUCAAGGAGACUUCCCAUCUCCGACUUCUUCUCCAAGAGUUUCUUCUGUGGUUAACGCCAUGCAUAAUUUGUCAGAAGUGCUUGUUUAUGAAUGCUUUAACAAUGGAAGCUGGCUGAAGCUGGAGCAACUUGAGAACCUUGACAAAGUAGUAGAUAAUCUCACAAAGUGCUUAAAGAAAAUAACUGAUAAUAAGUCAACAGCAGGGGAAGCCUCACUUCCAACGCAAGCUAUGCAUGAGGCCGCGAAGGGAAUUGCUAAAGACUUUCAAGGUUUUACUGUCAAGCCACUAGACAGCUUUGGCGUCAAAGAACCGGUGGAUAAGAAUGAAAUGACCCAGAGUAUUAAGAACAUUCUUGCUUCCAACUUUCCUGAUGGUGAAGAAAACCACCCACAAACUCUCUUGUACAAGAGUCUCUGGCUCGAAACUGAAGCUGCCUUAUGUUCCACAACUUGCAUGGCUCGGUAUCAUCGGGUCAAGAACGAGAUUGAUAAUCUCAAAUUUAACAAUAAAGAGAUCUCUGCAGAUGCAGCAACCUUUAUGCAGGAACCUUCUCUUAACCCCCAGAAAUCGGUUCCCAUCAUGAACAAUGCAAAUGCAGAGAAGGAGACAACUGAAUCGAUCAGCAAACAUGGAAGCAGUUGUGGAAACAAUGUAGUAACAAUGAGUCAUGAUGCAUCACAAUGUUCUAGAUUCAACUCAGAUCCUGUGGAUGCAGUAUUAUCGCUUAUGUCCCGAAGCUUUACAGGUGGUUUAAGGCCUGAUGUUGCAACCUCUGUAAAGAUACCGGAUGCGAUACGGCAGGAAUCCCCUGCAUCCACUACAGAGAACAAACAUAAUGAUGUUAUAGACCGGUUUCAGAUUCUGAAGCAGCAGGAAACAGAGCGCAAACUCAAGUCUCAGAAGUUAACAGAUUCAGACAUUGAUGUUAUAGACCGGUUUCAGAUUCUCAAGAAGCAGGAAACGAAUCGCAAACUCAAGACUCAAAACUGUCCAGAGACAAAAAAGGGUGACCAGGAGGAGAAACUAGAAGCUUCAGUGAUGGCUAAUAUUGGCAGAAGCAGCCAUGUGAGUGAUGUUAUGGAUAGAUUCCAGAUACUAAAACGCCGGGAAGCUGAACAAGUGAAGAGAUCUCUCAACAACUUGGAUGUAGAUUCAGAUUCAGACAAUGACCAGCCACAAAAGCGUGAUCAUCUCUGGUCAGCUUCGAUGUUCCCAAUACGUGGACAUUCUCAGAGAGAAACAUGCGCUGCGGACACUGAACAAUCUGCAUCUGGCAAAGGCUACGAGAGCCCGAACUCGGACUGGGAACAUGUAAUCAAGGAUGAUUGAGUAGUGGAACUUCCUUGGACAAGAAGUUUCGAUCCUAUCAUGAAAGCUUGUUAUUAUAAAUAAAAGGUAUUUGUAGAAUAACAUGAACGCCAUUAUGAAUACGUUUGUUAUGUAUGAUAAGGGAUAAAACUGCGUGGAUGGUAUUACUGAUUUUCAAAAUAUAUGUCCUACUUUUAAGGU